GUAGUGGCGGCCGGGCUGCCCUCCGCAGCGGCGCCUGACGCGGGUGGUGCGCUCGCGGGGUGCGGCGUUCGGGGGUCGUGCGAUUCGCGGCGGCGGCGUGGACGACGACGACCAGGAGGUCCGGCGCCUCCAGCCGCGGAGUCGCCGCUCCCUCCCCUUCUCCGGCCUCUGGCGGCGCCUGGCCCGCGGCUUCCUCCUUUCCUGCCCGGCUUCCCGCGGGCCUCGGGGCCGCGGCGGCGAGAAGCACCGAGGGGCGCCGAGAGGCCCCCGCCGGCCGCCGCAGUCCACGCGCCCGCUACCCCGCCCGGCCCGGGCUCCAUGUGAAGGAGGGCCGGGCCUGGCCCCUCGGCCCGCGUCCGACUCCUCGUGCGCCCCUCCGGCCCCUAGGGGCCCGCGGCCUCCCCGGACCGGGGGGGCGCGGUGACAGGCCGCGCGGGGGCGGAGGGGUGGGCCUGCGGCUCCCUGGGUCCCCGCGGAGCGGCCGGCAGUAAAGAAUGCUGAUGGGAGAAUCAUUUCCCUAAUUUUCAAAUUGUUGAGCUGGUUGCCAUGAUGGAUGAUCAGCAAGCUUUGAACUCAAUCAUGCAAGAUUUGGCUGUUCUUCAUAAGGCCAGCCGACCAGCAUUAUCCUUACAGGAAACCAGAAGAACAAAAUCUUCAUCACCAAAAAAGCAGAAUGAUGUCCGAGUCAAAUUCGAACACAGAGGAGAAAAAAGAAUCCUUCAGUUCCCCAGACCAGUUAAACUGGAAGAUCUGAGGUCUAAAGCUAAAAUUGCCUUUGGACAGUCUAUGGAUCUGCAUUAUACCAACAAUGAGUUGGUAAUUCCAUUAACCACCCAAGAUGACUUGGACAAAGCUGUGGAACUGCUGGACCGGAGUAUUCAUAUGAAGAGCCUCAAGAUACUGCUUGUAAUAAAUGGAAGUUCACAGGCUGCUAAUUUAGAGCCAUUGCCAUCAUUAGAAGAUCUGGAUAACACAGUAUUUGGAGCAGAGAGGAAAAAGAGACUUUCUAUAAUAGGUCCCACUAGUAGAGAUAGAAGCUCCCCUCCCCCAGGAUACAUUCCAGAUGAAUUACACCAGGUUGCCCGUAAUGGGUCAUUUACCAGUAUCAACAGCGAAGGAGAAUUCAUUCCAGAGAGCAUGGACCAAAUGCUGGACCCAUUAUCUUUGAGCAGCCCUGAAAAUUCUGGCUCGGGAAGUUGUCCAUCACUUGAUAGCCCUUUGGAUGGAGAGAGCUAUCCAAAGUCGCGAAUGCCUAGGGCACAGAGCUACCCAGAUAAUCAUCAGGAAUUCUCAGACUAUGAUAACCCUAUCUUUGAGAAAUUUGGAAAAGGAGGAACAUAUCCAAGAAGGUAUCACGUUUCAUAUCACCAUCAAGACUAUAAUGAUGGUCGUAAAACUUUUCCAAGAGCUAGAAGGACUCAGGGGACUAGCUUCCGGUCUCCUGUGAGUUUCAGUCCUACUGAUCACUCCUUAAGCACUAGCAGUGGAAGCAGUAUCUUUACCCCAGAGUAUGACGACAGUCGAAUAAGAAGAAGAGGAAGUGACAUAGACAAUCCCACUUUGACUGUGAUGGACAUCAGCCCACCCAGCCGCUCACCUCGUGCUCCAACCAACUGGAGACUGGGCAAACUGCUUGGCCAGGGAGCCUUUGGCAGGGUCUACCUCUGUUAUGAUGUUGAUACAGGAAGAGAGUUGGCUGUCAAGCAAGUUCAGUUUGACCCAGAUAGUCCUGAGACCAGCAAGGAAGUAAAUGCACUUGAGUGUGAAAUUCAGUUGUUGAAAAACUUGCUGCAUGAGCGAAUUGUUCAGUAUUAUGGCUGUUUGAGGGAUCCCCAAGAAAAAACACUUUCCAUAUUUAUGGAGUAUAUGCCAGGGGGUUCCAUUAAGGACCAAUUAAAAGCAUAUGGAGCUCUUACUGAGAAUGUGACUAGGAAGUACACCCGUCAGAUUCUGGAGGGUGUCCAUUAUUUGCACAGCAAUAUGAUUGUUCAUAGAGAUAUAAAAGGCGCAAAUAUUCUGCGAGAUUCAACAGGCAAUGUCAAACUAGGAGAUUUUGGGGCCAGCAAACGACUUCAGACCAUCUGUCUUUCGGGGACAGGAAUGAAGUCUGUCACAGGCACACCGUACUGGAUGAGCCCUGAAGUGAUUAGUGGAGAAGGCUAUGGCAGGAAAGCAGAUAUCUGGAGCGUGGGCUGCACGGUGGUGGAAAUGCUGACUGAAAAGCCCCCCUGGGCUGAAUUCGAAGCCAUGGCUGCUAUCUUUAAAAUCGCCACCCAGCCCACCAACCCCAAGCUGCCACCUCACGUCUCAGACUAUACCCGGGAUUUCCUCAAACGCAUCUUCGUGGAGGCCAAGCUGCGACCUCCCACUGACGAGCUUCUCCGGCACACAUUUGUGCACUAUCACUAGCGGCCUGAGACCUCUCCCGUGCCUCCGCCCAGCACCCAUCUGUCCGCUCACCUUCUCUCUGACUGCACUUUUCUUUUUUAUAAAAAAGAGAGAUGGGGAGAAAAAAAGACAAGAGGGAAAGUGUUUCUCUUGAUUCUUGGUUAAAUUUGUUUAAUAAUAAUAGUAACCUAAAUUUUUUAUAUUUAAUCUUUUUUUCCCUUACAAGAACUUGAAACUUUUUUUUAAUUUUUAUAAUGUACUGAUGUGGUUCAGAGAGAUAAAGCACUUUAGUACAUAGUCACUCUUUUUAGUACAAAAAAUCAUUUGGAAUACCUAAAGAUUGUAGAGUCUUUCCCUGUGUCACUGACGGAUGGAUGGUGAUGGGGAGACACAGACAACGAGGAGAAGAAAAUGAUGUAUAAUUUGUAGUUUUUAGUGAUAGUAUUUAAAACAGUCUCAUUUGUGAGGUCGAGCCCUAAACUUGAGUUUAGGGUAGGUACUCAACUUAAAGAAUAUAGGUUCCUUCUUAGAUCUGUGUUCUUUAGAUCCUAACCUCUGUCUACCAAGCUUUUUGCUCAGUAGGAAUCUUGAUAGAAAAUAUGACUCUCUAAGAGGUAUGUUUGUUAAUCCUAACCAGUAUAAUAAGCAGAUACACUAUAAUAGAUCCAAGUUACUGGAAUCUGUAAACCUUGAGGGAUAGCUUUCUGCUUUAAAAAAAAAAAAGAUACUGUUUUGUUUUAGAGCAGAUACGGGAAGUCAAUAAGCAAAUCCAAAUUAAAAGACGAAAGGAGAUUGCUCUAGUUAAAUGUGUGAGCAGUAGACUACAUUUGCCAGUCACCAGAAAUCAUGAAAUAGUGAAAAGAAGUCUUGUUUAGUGUAUUUUAAACUAUGUUCUUUACCUGAGGGGGAAGGUCUGAAAAUUAAGAGAAAGGAGAAAUGAUCAGAAUCACGUGUAUCUUCCUAGUUCUAAGCUCCUGAUUCCCCAUAGAUAAUAUACUUUAGGAACUAAGAGUUUAAUCCACAGUAUCCAUGUGUUAAAGCUUGUGUCAUGAGAUAAAACCCUUGUUCUUGGGAUCACAGAAUAUUAAAGCACCUCGGAAAGCAGUUACCGUGUAAAACAGUGGUUUUCAACAGCAGGGUGGGGAUGAUUUUGCUUAGCCUUUGGCAGUUCCUGGAGACAUCUGUGGUUGUCACAAGAUGCUAGAAGCAUCUAGUAGGUAGAGGCUGGGGAUGCUGCUAAAGGCAGACUGCAGUGCACAGGACAGCACCCCCCACCCCCGAGUGAAGAAUUAUCCUGCCCCAGCUGCUAAAAGUGUCGAAGUUGAGAAACCCUGAUGUAAAUACCAGCCCCAGUUAUAAACUGAGAACAGCCAUUUACAAAGCAGUUUCCUUGCAAAAAGUAAUUUUUAGAGAGAAAGUGAUACGACAUGUAAUAAGGGUUUUACAGGAGCAGGUACCACUACUUCAAGUCAAGGACGAAUGAUCUCAGCAACAGCAAUCCUUUCCUUACGACUAAAUCGGUGACUUCUAUCUUAGAAACAAAAUGAACUUAAACACAGAGCCUACUGAACUCAGCCAUCUGUGCGUAUGCUUUCCUUAAAAGUUAAUUCGUAAUUGUGGGAAAAGAAAAGCAUGUCAAAACAAAGUAUUAACUACUUUAUAGGAAGGUUAAAAACUACCAGGGGUUCCUGGUAUAAUGCAUCCACCAAGAGCAAGGCCACAAGCAGAGAGAGGCAGCUGGGAAGCUCCCACUGUCUCCAAUGGACUUGUGCUGUUGAAAAACGUGAUUGAGACCAGAAUUUGGCCACUUGCAGUUUUUUCCAAUAUAUUAAAGCAAGUGCUGAGUACUUUGUUUUUAAAGUUCUAGAAUAUAGUAUUCUUCCUGGAGGCCCUAAAUGUGAUGCUUUUCAUGGGAUUCAUAAGGGACUCGGGUAUUUUAUUUUCUGCUAAAAGAUGUGCUUAUUUAGGAACUCUUUUAAGGUACUUUGUUUCUGAAGUUAGGUAGAUCUUGGUUUCCCAUAUCAAGGUCCUAUCUGGCAUUCCCUGUAGGAAUAUUUGAAAUUCCACUGGCUAGUGUGAGAAGAAGUCAAAGCACAAUGUAGUUGUUGAACCUUCUCCCAUACCCUUACGACGAAGGGAAGCAGCUUGCAAGGAAGACCAUGAAUCAGUGGCAUCCUCCCCCUGGAACAUCAGCUGCCAAGCCUUGUGCUGUAGACGUAGUCCCCAAGGAUGUGGAUCUAUUAUAAGUUCUUUAUCUUCUGUGAGUGAAAGCAUCUCUUCUACUUGAGCAAGAUCAUGGUAUCUGGACCAGUGGGCUUUUCCUUUGUCUUUGUGUUGUGUGGUUGUGAUUUCCUUUUGGCUCAUUUUUGGUCUGUCAGGGUAAUCAGCAGUGUAGGAUAUGACAUGCGUGCUCUUCAGAGAGAAAUCUUGGGAGACUGUGAAACCCGAAGCAAAAUUGUUUGCUUUUUUCAGUCUCUUUUUUUUUUCUUUUCAAAAUGCUAUAGAAAAUAAAAUCACCUGAAAAGAAACUACUACCUUAACACUGCUGCAGAAGACCUUUGUUUUAUAAGAAAAAUAUUAUUAGCUGUGGGAAAGUAUUCUUCUUUAUGUAAAGACUUAAAAAUAGACUAAUAGUUUACAGAGUUAUAUAAAAUGUGAUGUGAAUUUAUUUCAGACAAGAUGUAAAGGUACCAAAAACCACAAUAAAAGUUAAUAUAUAUUAAGAAUUACUAGAACAAAAAAGCUUAAUGUGGGGUGAGGUAUGGAAGACCAAAAGUAAAUUUAAAAAAGAAAAUUUUGAAAAGAAACACCUCUAUCAGUGGCAGUUAAAUACAACACUCCAAGUUUUUCCUUCUAGUAGUGGUAUGGAUCAACAAAUGAAAUUUGAACUUUUUAAGAUGACUCUAAAUGUAAAUUUUGUUUUUUAAAUGCACAACUGAUUCUUCUAUACUGUAAUGUUUCUUUGCUGAGGCUGGAAAAUGGCCGGGCUGCUGACUUUGUGCCUUUAAAAUGCGCUCUGCUUUGACAGUGGCAGACUUUUUGGUGCUGGAGAAGAUUCACUAGCAGUCUUUGUAUGUGCUUUUCAGGAAAUAUCUUUCUACUUAGGCCUUGAGAGUUUCAGAACAGCAUGACUUAGGCUUGGACCAAAUAUAAGAUCUUUUACAUUGCAAACAAAGGGUGCUGAAUAAAAGGGUUGAAGAAUACCACAAUGACUAAUGGAAAUUUUGAUGGUUGGUAAUUCUCUAAAACAUAUAUAAAAGUAUACAGACUUUAAAAUUUUCUGUAUGACUAUCUUGAAAAUUUUUCAAUUUUCCUCAUUUACAAAAUAUGUUUCUAACCUGAAAAAUGGUUAAAGACUACUGCCUUAGAAAGUUUUCAAAGGCACAGUCAACCUUACAUAAUUUAUAUAAGAGAUUGAAAUGUUAAUGCACAGGCUGAAUGGUAAAAGAAAAAUUACAGCUCAUUUCAUAGUAAAUUGAAUUGGCUUUUACUUGAGAGAGUCUCUGUCUUAUUCCCAGUAGAGACUACAGUAAAAAGGUGAAAUGAUUUCUUUAGAGUAGCUUUCUCUGCUACUUCAGCUCUUACACAUGUCAGGUCUGGUCUGUGGUAUUUCUGAGAUGGAGUUGUUAUGAGAGACUUGCAAUCACCAAAAAAAAAAAAAAAAAAAAAAAAAAAAUCAAA